AUGCCCGCCAUGCGGGGACUCCUGGCGCCGCAGAACACCUUCCUGGACACCAUCGCCACGCGCUUCGACGGCACGCACAGUAACUUCGUGCUGGGGAAUGCCCAGGUGGCGGGGCUCUUCCCCGUGGUCUACUGCUCCGAUGGCUUCUGUGACCUCACGGGCUUCUCCCGGGCUGAGGUCAUGCAGCGAGGCUGUGCCUGCUCCUUCCUCUAUGGGCCUGACACCAGUGAGCUCGUUCGACAGCAGAUCCACAAGGCCCUGGAUGAGCACAAGGAGUUUAAGGCUGAGCUGAUCCUGUACCGGAAGAGUGGACUCCCAUUCUGGUGUCUCCUGGAUGUGAUUCCCAUAAAGAAUGAGAAAGGGGAAGUGGCCCUCUUCCUGGUCUCCCAUAAGGACAUCAGUGACACCAAGAACCGAGGGGCCCCUGACAACUGGAAGGAGAGAGGUGGUGGCCGGCGCCGCCGAUAUGGCCGGGUAGGAAACAAAAGCUUCAAUGCCAAUCGGCGGCGGAGCCGGGCUGUGCUUUACCACCUGUCUGGGCAUUUGCAGAAGCAGCCUAAGGGCAAGCACAAGCUCAAUAAGGGAGUGUUUGGGGAGAAGCCAAACUUGCCAGAGUACAAAGUAGCUGCCAUUCGAAAGUCACCCUUCAUCCUGCUGCACUGCGGGGCGCUGAGAGCCACAUGGGAUGGUUUCAUCCUGCUUGCCACCCUCUACGUGGCUGUCACUGUGCCCUAUAGUGUGUGUGUCAGCAUGGCCCGGGAACCCAGUGCUGCCCGCAGUCCCCCCAGUGUCUGUGACCUGGCUGUGGAGGUCCUCUUCAUCCUCGACAUUGUGCUGAACUUCCGGACCACGUUUGUGUCCAAGUCAGGCCAGGUGGUGUUUGCUCCCAAGUCCAUUUGCCUGCACUAUGUCACCACCUGGUUCCUGCUGGAUGUCAUUGCGGCCCUGCCCUUCGACCUGCUCCAUGCCUUUAAGGUCAAUGUGUACUUUGGGGCCCACCUGCUGAAGACAGUGCGGCUGCUACGUCUGCUGCGCCUUCUGCCCCGGCUGGACCGCUACUCCCAGUACAGUGCCGUGGUGCUCACCCUGCUCAUGGCUGUGUUCGCCUUGCUCGCACACUGGGUGGCCUGUAUCUGGUUCUACAUUGGCCAGCAGGAGAUUGAGAGCAGUGCUUCCGAGCUGCCCGAGAUCGGCUGGCUGCAGGAACUGGCCCGUCGAUUGGAAACCCCUUAUUACUUGGUGGGCCAGAACCCAGAGGUGGGGAAUAACUCUGGCCAGAGUGACAACUGCAGCAGCAGCAGCAGCAGCAGCGAGGCCAACAGCACAGGGCUGGCGCUCCUGGGCGGCCCGUCCCUGCGCAGUGCCUACAUCACCUCCCUCUACUUCGCGCUCAGCAGCCUCACCAGCGUGGGCUUUGGCAAUGUGUCAGCCAAUACGGACACUGAGAAGAUCUUCUCCAUCUGCACCAUGCUCAUCGGCGCCCUGAUGCACGCGGUGGUGUUUGGGAACGUGACAGCCAUCAUUCAGCGCAUGUACGCUCGCCGCUUUCUGUACCACAGCCGCACCCGGGACCUGCGGGACUACAUCCGCAUCCACCGCAUCCCCAAGCCCCUCAAACAGCGCAUGCUGGAGUACUUCCAGGCCACGUGGGCUGUGAACAACGGCAUCGACACCACAGAGCUGCUGCAGAGCCUCCCAGAUGAGCUCCGGGCCGACAUUGCCAUGCACCUGCACAAGGAGGUCCUGCAGCUGCCUCUUUUUGAGGCUGCCAGCCGCGGCUGCCUGCGCUCCCUGUCCCUGGCCCUCAGGCCCGCCUUUUGUACUCCGGGGGAGUACCUCAUCCAUCAGGGCGACGCACUCCAGGCCCUCUACUUCGUCUGCUCCGGCUCCAUGGAGGUGCUCAAGGGAGGCACUGUGCUUGCCAUCCUAGGGAAGGGUGAUCUGAUUGGCUGUGAGCUGCCCCAGCGUGAGCAAGUGGUGAAGGCCAAUGCAGAUGUGAAAGGGCUGACAUACUGCGUCCUGCAAUGUCUGCAGUUGGCAGGGCUGCAUGAGAGCCUCACCCUGUACCCGGAGUUUGCCCCUCGCUUCAGCAGAGGGCUUCGGGGAGAGCUCAGCUACAACUUGGGCGCUGGACACGCAGAGGUAGAUACCAGCUCCCUAAGUGGCGACAACACCCUCAUGUCCACACUGGAAGAGAAAGAGACAGAUGGGGAACAAGGUCCUUCAGCUUCGCCAGUCGCCGUGGAUGAGCCCUCCAGCCCUCUGCUAUCUCCCAGCUGCACUUCCUCAUCCUCUGCUGCUAAGCUGUUGUCCCCACGUUGGACUGCACCCCGGCCACGUCUUGGUGGUAGAGGGCGGCCAGGCAAAGCAAGAGCACCUCUAGCUGAGUCUGGCCCCUCUGCUCAUCCCCAGAGCUUAGAGGGGCUGCAGCUACCCUCCAUGCCAUGGAAUGUGCCCCCAGAUUUGAGCCCCAGAGUAGUAGAUGGCAUUGAGGAUGGCUGUGGUUCCGACCAGCCCAAGUUCUCUUUCCAAGGCGGGCAGUCUGGCCCUGAAUGCAGCAGCAGCCCUUCCCCUGCACCAGAGAAUAGCUUGCUGACAGUACCUCUGGGGCCCAGUGAGGCAAGGAGCACAGACACACUGGACAAGCUUCGGCAGGCGGUGAUGGAGCUCUCUGAGCAGGUGCUGCAGAUGCGGGAGGGGCUGCAGUCCCUCCGCCAGGCUGUGCAGCUGGUCUUAGCACCCCAGGGGGAGGGCCUAUGUGCUCAGGCAUCAGGAGAGGGGCCAUGCCCAGUCAGCACUUCUGGACUCUUGCAGCCUCUGUGUGUGGACACAGGGGCAUCAUCAUACUGCCUGCAGCCCCUGCCUGGCUCUGUCUUAAGAGGGACAUGGCCACACCCUCGAGCAGGGCCACCACCUCUUACAGCCCCCUGGCCUUGGGGCCCCCCAGCAUCUCAGAGCUCACCCUGGCCUAGAACCACAGACUUCUGGACCUCCACCUCUGAUUCAGAGCCCCCUGGCCCAGAACACUGCCCUGAGACCAGCACCCCUGACUCACCAAGCCUGGAAGAAAGGGCUCGGACUGGCACCCAGGAGCCCACAAGCCAGGCUGAGGCAGUUAGUACUGGGGAGCCUCCGCCAGGUUCAGGGGGCCUGACUUUGCCCUGGGAACCCCACAGUCUGGAGAUGGUGCUGAUUGGCUGCCAUGGCUCUGCCACGGUCCAGUGGACACAAGAGGAAGGCACAGGAGUCUGACUUGGCCAGAACUCAGUGUUACUAGCCACAUAGCCACCUGCUGCUCUGUCCUACUGUGGGGCACUGAAAGCAAAAGCCCCUGGACUGCAUGCUCCCACUGGCUCCGGGCAGAGUGCCUGAGCACGAAGAUGGCCCAAUUCAGAAGGUAGCUGGAG